AUGGAGAGGAAGUAUAUGAUGAGGAGUACUGGACACAAGCUCAGAGAGACAGAUUGGAACUGUAAAAGCCUGGGCUUAGAAGGAGAGAAUUCAGAUGGGUUAACCUGGCCUCCCAAAAACUAUGCUUGCAGCUUUUGCAGGAGAGAAUUCAGGUCUGCUCAAGCUCUUGGAGGUCACAUGAAUGUUCACAGAAGAGAUAGAGCCAGGCUCAGACAGCUACCUUCAUGGCUUUUUGAUUCUCCCAACUACACUAACUCUACCUUUAAUAAUUUUGGUCGAGUACCAUCUCCUGAUUAUUCACUUAACUUUUUACCCACUACUCGUUCUUUGCUUUGCCCAUCUCUCUUCAAACCCACUCAACACAAAAACCUUUUCGGCAACAAACCUGUUCUUGAUUUGAACAGGAGUUGUAAUAGAAAAAAAUGUGACCUUGAAGCUUUGAAGAAAGGGGAUCGGGUCACUAGCUUGGAGUUGCAGAUGGGGAUGAAAGAUCCAGAAGAAGUUUUAGAUUUGGAGCUACGACUUGGGUAUUUUUAG